UGACACUACACGGAAGUGACGCGUAUGCUCAAAAGAGUUCAGUAAAGCAUCUGGGAGCAAAACACCAGCUAGCGUAAAAUUUCACAUUUUACACCAGAAGACCGAAGGAAAAAACCACCAUACGUUCAGAGCAGUUAACACAUCUGUGUCCAUUAUGAAUCCGGUUUACAACCCUGCAGCAGCAGGGGUCCCAUUUACCAAUACUAAGGGUAUGGCAUACCCAGGUAAUUUCAUUUGCUCUGGAUUCCCUGUUGGCUAUGCAACAGCAGCUCCUCCAUACAAUCCCAAUAUCUAUGCAGGAGGAAACCCAGCCUUCCCCAGCGGCUAUGCUCCAGGCACUCCUUUCAAAAUGUCCUGCUCUCCCAACAAUGGGACUGUCCCACCUUACUCCUCCUCACCCAACCCAUACCAAGCUGCUAUGUACCCGGUCAGGAGCACCUACCCCCAACAGAACCCCUAUGCACAGCUAAUACCUUCACAACAACAAGGCGCUUAUUACACACAGCCCCUGUAUGCUGCCCCGCCUCAUGUUAUCCAUCACACUACAGUGGUCCAGCCGAAUGGGAUGCAUGCAGCCAUGUAUACCCCCCAAAUGCAUCCUCAACGCCACAACAGCGUUGCCAUGGGGAUGGUAGCCGGCACCACCAUGGCCAUGUCAGCUGGAACUUUGUUGACGACUCAAUCACCAGCGUCUGUUAACCCUCACCAAGUCACGAUGCCCACAUAUCGGCCCCCGGGCACACCUAGCUACAGCUAUGUGCCCCCACAAUGGUGAAGAGAGAGAAGCGUUAGAAGACAGUAGAUAUGCAUUCACACUCUACGCCAGUGUUUUUUGCAAUUGGUUUAGACCUGCUCUGCCAGUGUCUGCAACCAGUUACUCUUCUUCCAGCAUAAUGUGAAUCUAAACCCAAAUACAUAGAAAGAGGCCCAUUUGGAUAGUCGGGGGUGCAGAAUAGGCCCAUCCCCAUGACCCCUCUCAAUGGAAUAAGGCUGCAUUCCAUGUCAAACCCCAGCGCCAGCACCUCUUCAACCUGCUGCAUAUCUCACAUCCAACAGCAAUGCCUCCAUGCAAACUUUUUUGUGGACUGUCAUGCAGGGUUUUUUAGCUUAAAAAAAUCUUAAGUGGUAAAAAGGGAGUUUGGAAUAGUUUUUGUGUUUCUUUCAAUUUGGGGGAUAUAUAUGAUGUUGAAUGCAUGUGUAUACAUAGAUAUAUGAAGUAAUGCUAGCGCAAUCUACCUGCUGUGACAGAUGCAAAAUCAACAAAAGGCACAUCCAAAGGAACUAAAAAAAAGUAAUAAUCUGCAAUGCUGAAUCACCAGUGACCAUUUAUUACAUGUGAAAGAAUGAAAGAAACGUGUAUUCAUGCAAAAACAUACCUGCACAAAGAAGUGCAGACCAAACUGUACUAUUUUCACUGCUAUGUGUUUUGGUAAGUACGGCUAGGUUUUUAUUAUUUCUCUGUCAUGCAGUUCAAGCAUUUUGUCUUACCAUUUUUGUAUUUUAGGAAAAGAUAGGACUUUUUAAGUGUCGCAAUGGCCAUCAGUCAAAAACUCAACCAUUCUGAGUAUUUUAUUUUUCCUGCUAUAUCCAGGAGUAUCAACUUUCCAAAAGUGUCAAGCAGCUUUUCUUCCUUUUUUUUGGGGUGAUACUUUUACAAUUAUUCACUUAUUUUAGCCAGAAACACUCUUUUUGUGAGGAACAAGUAGAGGAAGUUGUUAGAAAUCAUUUGCACCCAUGUGUAUGUGUGUGGUGUGUGUGUGUGUGUGUGUGUGUGUGUGUGUGUGUGUGUGUGUGUGUGUGUGUGUGGUUGUGUGUGUGUGUGUGUGUGUGUGUGUGUGUUGUGUGUGUGUGUGUGUGUGUGUGUGUGUGUGUGUGUGUUGUGUGUGUGUGUGUGUGUGUGUGUGUGUGUGUGUGUGUGUGUGUUAAAAUAGAAACCAUUAAAAAUGGUGCCAUAUAUUGCAACGCGCCUAGAAUAUUCGACCUACAUCUCACAAUACUCAAUUUGUUCUUAGGUAGGUCUAAAGCACUACAUAAAAUCACUGCUAACUGUGGACAUGUAAGAAAAAAAAUUAUCUUGUUAAACUUCAUUUGUGAUUAGCACUACUGAAGGCACUAAUUCAAAACAGUAAAGAUAUCUGACCUUUUACAUUGCUCGCUGUUUUACCUCAAGGUUUCAGGCUAACCACCAAUAUCACUGUUUCAGACAUGCUUUUAUAUGUUGCCUCAGUCACCUCGGUUAAAUAAUCUGUUUUGUAAAUGUUAUUUUUGUGAUUUUGGUUCUUGUUUUGUAUUAUAAAGAAAGACCAAAAAUAAAACAAAUAUAAGAAUAA